CCCGUCUCAGCACCACGCCUCUUCCAACAGACAUUUAAGGAAGAGGCGUGUUUAUGUUGCUUAUUGCGAACUGCAAAUAGGAGUGAGAACUUCACAUUUUGGAAGUAGUGUCGCGUCUCUCUGUUUGACUAAAUGGCGAACGUGUGCGGAUUGAGGACCCUAAAGAACGAACCAGUGCCCCUGAAGUCGGUGGAGGUGCAGGUGGAUGUCCAGGGUCACGUGGCUUCUGUCAGCUCCACCCUUCAGUAUGAGAACCAGGAGUCCAGUCCAGUGGAGGCCGUCUUCAUCUUCCCCAUGGAGAGUAACGCCACCAUCUACAGUUUUGUUGCCCACAUUGGGGAUGUUGAGAUUAAGGCCCAAGUCAAAGAGAAAGAGCAGGCUCAGGAGGAGUAUGACGAUGCCGUCAGCUCAGGGCAGCAGGCCUUCCUCCUGGAGGAGAGUGAUGAAAGUUCUGACGUGUUUCGCCUGAGUGUCGGGAGUCUUCCUCCGGGACAGAGUGCCUCUGUUACGCUGAGCUACGUGACUGAGCUGGCCGUACAGGCUGAUGACGCCCUGAGGUUCUGCCUGCCUGCUGUGCUCAACCCACGGUACACGCCAGCAGGCUGUAAGAGCUUGACAGCAGAGGGAUCUGGUCCCCAGGGGGAAAGUGUCCCAUACACCCUGUCCCUCGGAGUCCACAUGUACUCCCCCAGCACCGUCCAGAGUGUCCAGUCCAACUGCCCCCUCACCCCACUGGAGUUCCUCUCCCAGGAUAAUACUGAGGCCAAAGUCAGUCUGUCCCCUGGUCACAAGUUUGACCGGGAUGUAGAGCUGCUGCUGUAUUACGGUCAGCCUCACCAACCCACUGCUAUACUGGAGGCGGGGCAGCCAAGUGCCCAAGCAGGCUCAUUGAUGGGUGACACUGUAGCCAUGUUGAGCUUCUACCCAGAGAUUCCAUCUAUACCAUCUUCUCAAAUGACUUCCAAAGGGGAGUUUAUAUUUGUGGUGGAUCGUUCAUGCAGCAUGGACUGUCCAAUGAACCAACACAACUACAAACAGACUCGCAUCAGCAGUGCCAGGGACACGUUACUGCUGCUGUUGAAGAGUCUUCCUGUUGGCUGUUACUUCAACAUCUAUGGCUUUGGUUCCUCCUUUGAAUCCUACUUCCCUGAGAGUGUGGAGUACAUGCAGGCCAACAUGGAAACUGCUGUGCAGAAGGUGAGGUCAAUGCAGGCUGAUAUGGGAGGAACAGAAAUCCUUCAUGUCCUGUGGAACAUCUACAGCAAGCCCUGUCUGCCUUCACAUCCACGCCAGCUGUUUGUCUUCACAGAUGGAGAAGUGGGAAACACCAAAGAGGUGAUUGAUCUGGUGAAGAGACAUGCGUUGUCUCACAGGUGCUUCACCUUUGGCAUCGGGGAGGGGGUCAGCAGUGCCCUGGUGAAUGGCAUGGCUGAGGGCGGCUCUGGACACCCACAGUUCAUCACUGGGGCAGAGAGACUGCAGCCAAAGGUUAUGCAGUCUCUUGGGUUUGCCAUGCAGCCUGUUGUAGAGGACAUUUCAGUGAAAUGGAACAUUCCAGCAGAUAUAUCCGUCACCCCCCUGUCUCCUCUUCCCAAUGUGCUCUUCCAGAAUGAGAGGGCAAUACUGUACUUCCAGCUCACUGGACAGAGGUCCGGUAAUAUUUCAGGUUCAGUGAGUCUCCAUCACACUCUGGAUAAGAAGGUUGUGGAAAACACACUUACCAUUAACAUGAAGCCAAAGGAGGACAGCAGCAUGCUGAUACACAGACUGGGGGCCCGCAAAGCCAUUUUGGCCUUGGAGGGGGAACGUGAAAUGGUGGGCAAGAAGAAUAGGAAAAAGAGAGCAGUGGAACUGAGCAUCCAAUCAGGAGUCAGCUCCUCCUACACGGCUUUCAUUGCUGUCAACACAGAGAACAAGCAGCCAAUCAAAGGGCCCCUACUGCGCAGAAACAUCAAACCCAUGAUGUUUUCAGCACCACGAGUCCCCAUGGCCUGUUUCAAGCUAUGUUCAGCACCCAUGCCCGGACCUCUGUUUGGAGGUUCAAGAUCCGUAGCCGCUGCUAAGAUGGCAUGUUCAGCACCCAUGUCCGCUCCUCUGUUUGGAGCUUCAAGAUCCGUACCCGCUGCUAAGAUGGCAUCUUCAAGAUCCGUACCCGCUGCUAAGAUGGCAUGUUCAGCACCCAUGUUCGGUCGUAUGGGUGGAGGUGGUGGCUGGAGAAAGGUAAAACGCAAAUGUCAAGAUGCAGCACCUAUGGCCCCUGCUCCUGAACGAGACGCACCAGAGACAAAGGAUCCUCUGCUGGAAUUGAUCAGCCUACAGAAAGUAGAUGGAUCCUGGGACCUCCAACCAUCGCUGGCCUCCAUCUUUGGGAGAAGGGAGGAAGAAGUGGCCACAGCCUUACCUGGGAAGCCUGAGUUGUUACCAGUCUGGGCCACAGUGUUGGCAGUUCUGUGGCUUCAUGUUCAUAAGAUGGAUUUCAAGGAUGAGUGGCAGUUUGUGGCUGCAAAAGCUGUUGCCUGGAUCAAGGCUCAGUCAGGAGCUGAUUUGACCGGGUUUGUGGCAGCUGGGAAUUCCUUCCUUGGCCUCCAGGUGGCGCUGCAGAACUUUGGCCUGAAAGAGUGACUCAGACCCUAAAUUGCCAUCAUAUUAGCCUAUCGCUACUGCACACAAACCAUCCCAGCCCAGAUAAUUACUAUUCUGUUCUUAUUUGUGAAAAUGACCAUACUGACAAAAAAGGAACAUUUUAAUGUUCCAAGCAAAGUAGUGAUUCUGCCUUAAGCACAAUUAGGCAGUCAGAUCAGUUCCAAUUAAUUUACCAUGAUAUCUCAGUGUUUUACAAAACAUUUUGAAAAGAAUAAAAACGUUUAACAUAAUGACUUUAUAAUUUCAUUGAUUCCAACAUACCAUAGUGAUAAAUAGCCACAGCUACUUAUUAAAAGUUUAAACUGCUAAUCAGAAUGUGAGAUUGGGAUUUCGGUGCUGCAAAAUAGACAAAAAUCUAAAUCAGCACAGCAUUGAUUAAGAUGGUAAAUGCUUCAUUGUCUUUAAAAACUGCUCAGUUGUACACGUGAAAGUCUGGAAUCAGACACAACACAACCACAGGUUAACUUUUUGCGAAAUCAUCACGGAAGCAUGAACAUACGAAAUGUAGUUUGAAGAUUCAUGUAUUAAAUUCCCUUGAUAAACUAGUAAA